UUCAUUCUCAUUUCUCCAUUCUCCAACACAAAAACAGCUAUAAGCUAAUUCUCUUGUCUCUCCAUUGCCCCAUUACCAGUACUUCUCCUCCUUAAUUACUAAGUUAACACCCAAAAUAUAUAUUCCCCUCCUAUUUCCUUUCCUCCUUCACCAAACAACUCCAUUGAUCCAAUGGCCAAUUUCACUUCCAUCACCCUCUCUUUUCUUCUCCUUCUCUUCGUCUUUUCAGGUAAUAAUGUAGGUGAUGCAACAGUAUUCACUCUCCAGAACCGUUGCGGCUACACGGUAUGGCCGGGAACGCUCUCCGGAAACGGCGCCGGAAAUCUCGGUGACGGCGGUUUUGUGUUACCUCCCGGUGAGUCAGUCCAGUUCACGGCCCCACCGGGUUGGUCCGGCAGGUUCUGGGGCCGAACCGGAUGCACCUUCGACAAAUCUGGAAAAGGCAAGUGCGCCACUGGUGACUGCGGCCCGCUAAAAUGCACCGGCGGCGGCGCGCCACCCGUGACGCUCGUCGAGUUUACCGUAGGCUCCACGUCAUCCGAGAAGGACUUCUACGACGUGAGCCUCGUCGACGGCUACAAUGUCGGGAUGGGAGUCAAGGCGGUCGGAGGAACCGGCGACUGCCAGUACGCCGGUUGCGUGGCCGACCUCAACGGAAACUGCCCUCCGGAGCUUCGGGUCACAGGUUCGAAUUCCGGGUCUGUGGUGGCGUGCAAGAGUGCAUGUGAGGCGUUUAAUGCGCCUGAAUUUUGCUGCACCGGGGACCACGCGACGCCGCAAACGUGCUCGCCCACGCAGUACUCCGCCAUGUUCAAGAAUGCAUGCCCAACGGCCUACAGUUAUGCUUACGAUGAUGCCACCAGUACUUGUACCUGUUCCGGUUCGGAUUACUUGAUCACGUUUUGUCCGACCGGGUCGUCCGGUUGAUUAUUGUAAGUCAUCGAAUAGGAGAGGUUAAUUAUUAUUAUUAUAAUUAUUAUCAGUCUUUUUCUUUUUAUUUUUUGACUUUUAAUAUCUGAAUAGGAAAGCGUAUUUAUUGAUUGGAUUGGGUUUAUAGUACGUAUCUAUUGAUUACGGUAUUGUUAAGCAAUUAAUGAU